UUUUUUUUUUCCUUUACUUUUCUUAUAUAAUACAUUCCUUUGCAGAUCCGAGUUCGGGUUCAAAAGAAAAUAAAAGCAGAUUAUUGAUACUAUUAAAAUAAUGUCUGCCAUUCUUCGUUUGGCCGCGGUCAACACAUCCAGGACCAUCACCACCAGGGUCUCCCCUACUAGUCUAGCGCGUUCUGCUGGCAUGCAUCGCCAUGCACUUCAAUCAAGCAAGUCCAUUAAACCUCAGAUCUCGCCCCUGUCAAGGCAGACACUCAAGACUAUCCCUCCUGCCAUCCACAGCAUCCAGCAGCGUCGUACCUAUCAUGAUGAUGGAGCUUAUGGCUAUCGUGUUCCUAAAGUCUUUUCCAUGCCUGAUUAUUCUCCUGAAGAAUUGGCCAACAGAGUAGAGAAUGCUAAUUUGCUUCGUCUGGUCAUUGGAUACCGGACCCAUGGUCAUCUUAAGGCAGAUCUUGAUCCCCUUGGGAUUGUUAAGCAGCAGGAGGUUUUGGCAUUGAAAGCAGACCGUUACGCAUUGACGGACGAGAAUAAGGUCUAUAGCCUCAAUGGUAUUCUCCAUGUCAACAAAUCCAAGAGCAACACCGACGCCAAGGAGGAAGCUUCGCUCAAGACCGUCCUCGCCCACCUUGAAAAAUCUUAUUGCGGCAAGAUCGCUUAUGAGUUCACACAUAUCCCUAAUGCUAGCGAGAGAAGAUGGUUUGCACAUGAGGUCGAGUCCUACCAAAAGCCUCCAAUCACACCUGAAGACAAGAAUCGUAUCUUUGAGUUGUUGACAAGAUCUGAGGUAUUUGACCAUUUUAUGGCCAAGAAAUUUGCUCAAGUUAAGCGUUAUGGUCUUGAGGGAGCCGAAAGCAUGAUGGUUGCAUUGGAUGCACUUUUCCAGACUGCUUCAAAAGCUGGUGUUACCGAGGUGAUUUUGGGGAUGCCCCAUCGUGGUCGUCUGAAUCUUCUCACAGAUUUGAUGGAGUAUAACCCAACGGCACUGUUCCAUAAGGUCAAGGGCAACUCUGAGUUCCCUGCUGGUAUCCCCGCCACUGGAGAUGUUUUAUCUCACAUUGCCAAUUCUCCACGCCUGGACUAUGGUCAAGCUGAGCCAAUUCAUGUCUCAAUGCUCCAUAAUCCAUCUCAUCUCGAAGCAGUCAACCCUGUGGCAAUGGGUAAGGCCCGCGCAAAACAAAUGGAGCUGAUUACCAAUUCUUCUCCAGACUGCCAGCUCGGAGACAGGGUCAUGUGCGUCCAACUCCAUGGAGAUGCUGCGUUUACGGGUCAGGGUGUGGUGAUGGAGAGUUUGGGUUUAUCAAACUUGCCUCAUUUCACUUCAGGGGGAUCGGUCCAUAUUGUGGUUAAUAACCAGAUCGGAUACACGACUCCAGCUCAAAAUGCGCGCUCGUCAGUGUACAGCUCUGAUAUUGGAAAGAUGAUCAACGCACCUGUGAUCCAUGUGAAUGGUGAUCAUCCUGAGGAGGUAGUUCAUGCAAUGAGACUUGCGUUCGAGUACCGUAACAAGUUCCGAAAGGAUGUGAUCCUGGAUCUGAUUGCCUACCGUCGUUGGGGACACAAUGAGUUGGAUGAGCCCGCAUUUACUCAACCGCUGAUGUAUGACAACAUCCGUGCUCGUAAAUCAGUCCCCAAGCUCUAUGAGGAGAAGUUAUUGGCGGAGAACAUUCUGACGAAGGCUGCAAUUGAUGACUUCCGUCAGAGUUACUUUGAGAAACUGGAGGAUGAUUUCUCAGAGAUUGAGAGUUAUAAACCACAGGCAGAUCAUCUGGAGCACAAGUGGAAGGGGAUGACCUUACCAACGGAGACAGUGAGCAAGAUGGAUACUGGAGUGGAUACUGAGAAGAUGAGGGGGAUUGGUCGUGCUUCGGUUGUUACGCCCGAGGGUUUCAAGAUCCAUCCACGGUUGGAGAAAUUCCAUGUGAAGUCUCGGUUGGAUAAGCUGAAGGACGGACAAAAGCUUGACUGGGCCACAGCAGAGGCAAUUGCUUUUGGAUCAUUGUUGAUGGAGGGAUAUGAUGUUCGUAUCUGUGGCCAAGAUGUUGGUCGAGGCACGUUCUCACAACGUCAUGCGAUGUUGGUGGACCAAAAGACGGAGCGAGUCCAUAUCCCCUUGAAUACAUUGAGUGAGAGUCAGGGCCAUCUGGAGGUGGCCAACUCGAGUCUAUCAGAGUUGGCAGUGUUGGGAUUUGAGGCUGGUAUGAGCUAUGAGACACCCAAGAUGCUCAAUAUCUGGGAAGCACAGUUUGGAGAUUUUUUCAACUCUGCCCAAGUCACCAUUGACACCUACGUGAGCAGUGCUGAAACCAAGUGGCUCCGUCAGUCUGGCUUGGUAAUGUUGUUACCUCAUGGAUAUGAUGGAGCAGGUCCGGAGCACUCUUCAUGCCGUAUUGAACGGUGGUUGCAGAUGACGAGCGAUUCGUUUGAUGUGACGGAUCCAUCGAGGAAGGUCAACACGAACAUGCAUGUGGUUAAUCCAACGACACCAGCACAGUACUUCCACUUGCUCCGUCGUCAGAUGAAGCGUAACUUCCGCAAGCCGUUGAUUGUGGUGGGUCCCAAGACAUUGCUUCGUUUGCCACAAGCGGUUUCAUCCUUGGAGGACAUGGCUCCAGGCACGACGUUUGAGCCGGUUUUGGGAGAUAUGAAGACUGAGAAGGAUCCCAGUGCGGUGGAGAAGGUGUUGUUUGUUUCUGGCAAACUGUAUUACGAUCUGUUGAAGGAGCGUGAGACGAAGGGAGUGGAUGAGAAGGUGGCGAUUGUUCGUGUGGAAGAAUUGAGUCCGUUCCCGAAGGAAGGCCUUGAGCAACAAAUCAAGACUUAUUCUGGUGCCAAAGAGUUCACCUGGAUCCAAGAAGAACCUCAGAACGGAGGCGCAUACACGUUCAUGGAACCAAGGAUACGCCAGCUAUUGCCAGACAAGAAGGAACUGAGCUACAUUGGGCGUGCACCAUCAGCUGCGCCAGCAACAGGUAUUGCUGUUGUUCAUCGCAAGGAGAGUGCCGACAUCUUGGCCAAGGCUUUCCAAC